ACAAUUGUAUGAGUUGCUCCGGUUGUCACAUUUGAGCCGUGUGCGUGACACGAGACAGUCGGUGAGUGUAAGAAGUGUGAAGCGAGAGCUGCAAUCACUUUGGCAGUUCCGUUAAUUGCAGCGGGUGGUGUAAUUUACAGAUCGGUGCAUGCGUGCGUAAAGAAGGAGCAGAAAAACCCGUCAGGGCUAGCUCAGGCGGAGGGCGAGCGGGGGAGAAACGGAAACUGAUCGUUAAGCUGACGGAGAGACCGCCGAGGAAUCUGUCGGUCACCGGGGGUCUCUCUCAGGUGUGUGCGACACCGCAGAGCCCUUCGCCUGUCCGGGAGACGCCUUCAGCGCCGCUCCAAUUAAGCAUUUAUCCAUCCAGCGCACAGUCUUCUCCGCCGAGGAAUAGCGUACGUGCGUAAACAGGGGAUCUUGACCGGCGCAGGCUGAGCAGAGCGAAGCUCCGUCUCUGCUGGAGGGAGAGCCUCGGCGGAAAACGGAUUUGGACAUCACCUCCACACUGAGCCGACCCAGUGGAACCCAGUAGAGUCCAGUGAAGGCCUGGCUGCAUCAGUAGAAAUGGCUCCAGCAGCCAUGUCUGUGCCUCUAUCCUCUCUCAACUCCCUCCGCCCUUCCCGCCUCCCCUCAUCCCUCCUCUUCUUCCUCCUCUCUUUCCUUCUGCUCCUGUCAUGUCCUGGAUCUGUCCACGCAAAUUCAUCAGAGAAAAACUGUUCAGCCACUGGAGACGUCUGUCAGGAAGGAGUGGUACUGCCUGUGUGGAACCCUGAGAACCCCUCUGUGGGCGACAAAGUGGCACGGGCCAUUGUUUACUUCGUAGCACUCAUCUACAUGUUCCUGGGCAUGAGCAUUAUAGCAGACCGAUUCAUGUCUUCUAUAGAGGUCAUAACCUCCCAGGAGAAGGAGAUCACCAUUAAGAAGCCGAAUGGUGAGACCACCACGGCCACGGUCAGAAUCUGGAACGAGACUGUUUCUAAUCUCACUCUAAUGGCCUUGGGUUCUAGUGCCCCAGAGAUACUGCUGUCUGUUAUUGAGGUGUGCGGGCACAAUUUCGAGGCUGGCUCUCUGGGCCCCAGCACCAUCGUGGGCAGCGCCGCCUUCAACAUGUUCGUCAUCAUCGCCCUGUGUGUGUACGUGGUGCCCGAUGGAGAGACGCGCAAAAUCAAACACCUUCGGGUGUUUUUCGUCACGGCAGCGUGGAGUAUCUUUGCCUACAUCUGGCUCUACUUAAUUCUGAGUGUCUUCUCGCCUGGAGAGGUGGAGGUAUGGGAGGCUGUGCUGACCUUCCUCUGCUUCCCCCUCUGCGUGGUCCAGGCCUGGGUGGCUGACCGCCGCCUCCUCAUCUACAAGUACGUCCGCAAGCGUUACCGUGCCGACAAGAACCGUGGCAUCAUCAUUGAGACUGAGGGAGGGGCGGACGGAGGGCUAGGCAUGGAUGGUGGAGGAGGGGGAGGAGCGCUGGGUCCAGGUGGGUUCACCAAGAUGGACAUGCUGGAGCUGGACGGACAGAUGGCGUUGAACUGUCACAGCGGGAUGGAUGGAGGGAUGAUGGAAGAGGGAGGACCGAAGGACGAGGAGGACGAGGCCAGGAGGGACAUGGCGAGGACGCUGAAGGAUCUGAAGCAGAGGCACCCGGACAAAGACAUGGAGCAGCUGAUUGAGAUGGCGAAUUAUCAGGUCCUGAUGCAGCAGCAGAAGAGCAGAGCGUUCUACCGUAUCCAAGCAACCAGGAUGAUGAUCGGAGCUGGCAACAUCCUCAAGAAGCACGCCGCCGACCAGGCUCGCAAGGUGGUGAGCAGCCAUGAGACCCAGGCCCAGGAGGACGACCCUCACACCACCAGGAUGGAGUUUGAACCCUGUUUGUAUCAGUGCUUCGAGAACUGUGGCUCCCUGAAACUGACCGUUGCCAGACAUGGAGGAGACCCUGGAGUUACUGUCAAGGUGGAUUAUCGCACAGAGGACGGUACAGCAAACGCAGGUUCAGAUUAUGAGUUUGCUGAGGGAACACUGCUGUUUAAGCCCGGGGAGACCCUGAAAGAGAUCACAGUCGGAGUGAUUGACGACGACAUCUUCGAGGAGGAUGAGUAUUUCUACGUCCACCUCAGUAACCCUCGAGUGGUUGGUUAUCCAGAGAUUGGCACCGUCCCUCUGGAUGCUAGUGCCACUCCCAAAGCUGUUCUGGGUGACAACCACACAGCCACAGUGACCAUCUACGAUGACGAUCACGCAGGUAUCUUUACCUUUGAGAGUGCCAGUCAGAGGGUGAGUGAGAGCGUGGGUGUGAUGGAGGUGAAGGUGCUCAGGACUUCAGGAGCCCGAGGCCUGGUAGCCGUCCCCUAUCGAACCCUGGAUGGCACCGCCAAAGGAGGGGAGGACUACGAGCUGGCUUCUGGCAAGCUUGAGUUUCAGAACGACGAGACUAUGAAGAUCAUCGAGGUGAAGAUUAUCGAUGAUGAAGAGUAUGAGAAGAACAAGACCUUCAUCAUCGAGCUGGGAGAGCCGGUUCUGUUGGAGAUAGGACAGAAACAUGGCGACUCCAAUGAGAACAAGCCGUUGGUGGGAGCAGAGGAGGAAGAGGUGGCUAAGAUGGGCUGUCCCAGUCUGGGUGAACACACACAAGUAGAAGUGAUCAUAGAAGAGUCCUACGAGUUUAAGAGUACAGUAGAUAAGCUGAUCAAGAAGACAAACCUGGCCUUGGUGGUGGGAAGCAGCAGCUGGAGGGAACAGUUUGUGAAUGCCGUUACUGUCAGUGCAGGAGAUGACGACGAGGAGGAGAGCGGCGAGGAGCGGCUGCCGUCCUGCUUCGACUACAUCAUGCACUUCCUCACCGUUUUCUGGAAGGUCCUGUUCGCUUUCGUCCCGCCGACAGAGUACUGGAACGGUUGGGCCUGCUUCAUCGUCUCAAUAUCGCUCAUCGGCGUCCUGACAGCGGUCACCGGCGAUCUGGCAUCUCACUUCGGCUGCACGAUAGGACUGAAGGACUCGGUGACCGCGGUGGUGUUUGUGGCGCUGGGAACAUCGGUGCCAGACACAUUCGCCAGCAAAGUCGCUGCCAUCCAGGACCAGUAUGCCGACGCCUCCAUCGGCAACGUCACGGGCUCAAACGCCGUCAACGUCUUCCUGGGCAUCGGAGUGGCAUGGACCAUCGCAGCCGUCGCUUGGCGCACCGAGGGCAAGCCGUUCAAGGUGGACCCGGGAAACCUGGCCUUCUCUGUCACCCUCUUCACCAUCCUGGCCGUGGUUUGCGUGCUCACGCUGCUGUACCGGCGGCGGGCGACAGUGGCCGGCGGUGAGCUGGGCGGGCCGCGGACUUGCAAGAUGAUCACGUCGCUGAUGUUCGUCUCGCUGUGGCUGGUUUACAUCCUGCUGGCUUCACUGGAGGCCUACUGCCAUUUACCACAGUUUUAAAUGGAGAGGAGAAGGGAGGGAGAGAGACCCACUGCCAAUAUGAAGAGAGAGAGAGAGAGGGAAUGAAGGAGGAAAGACAGACAGGGAUGAGGAAAGAUGGGAAGUUGAGAUGGAUUGAUUGGGGCCAAUUCUGAUAUUUUUUUAUGAAAUCAGAAGAUCUUCAAAUUUACUUUUUUACAAGCCCAAAAUACAGACUUUUGUUUUCUUUCCUGAAAAGAGUUUCAACCAUCAUGAAACACUACAGCUCUCCAAUGAUGUCCGUGUCCCUCUGAAUUAAGAAUUACUUAAAACAUUAAUGACAAAAAUUGCAAUGCAGGUUUUAAAGAGCACUUUUGUGUAGUUGUUCAUCCGCAGUGGGCAACUCUGUUUAAUAGUUAAAAACAGAGUCAUAUUGUUCCAGUAUUCUGCCAAAGCAGCAGGAGAGAUGUCAGCCACUCAGCCGGGCUCUGAAGGGAAACAUAUAGGUGAGGAGGAAGGAGAAGGGUGGACGAUAACAAGGAGGAAAGGGAAGCUGGAGGCAACAAAGCUAAAGAAAAGUCUGUGAAACAUUAUAAUAGAUAUAUAAUAGAGAUAAUAGAUAGAAGGAGAUGAGGGGAAAAAGUAAAAGAAUAGAUGGACCCCCCCCCUCACUUUCUCUUGCUUCUUGUGUCACAGCUGUAUCUCGUCACCGCAGGAACAGUGGACUCUCCCAUCAUACCUGUUGAACUCGAUGUAGUGCUAACAGUGACUUAUGACUUUUAACUUCUCCUCUGCCAACUGUAUUCAGACACACACACACACACACACACACACACACACACACACACACACUUUGGGGCCCUCAGCUGAUUCUUAACAGAGGACCACCCACCAACAGAUGAAAACUGACAACCUGUUUUUUUUUCUUUAUUCCUUCUCCUCUUGAAUACACUGUGCAAAAUAGUCUGUCCACCCAGCAACACACAUACACACAUACACACACACACACACACACACACACACACACACACACACACACACACACACACACACACACCUUUCUCUACAAACACUCUACAGACAGUACACACUCCUCUGUCCCUCCCUCUUGCCUUACUCUUACCUCCCCCUGUAGGAACUCUCUUAAAGUCGUGACAACGAAACAAUGUAUGAAACGCUCUUAAAGUUGUGAUAAUGAAACGCUGUAGUUGCCACCCACUUACCCUCUUUUUAAUUGAGCCAAUCACAAGCCCCUCCCCUUUUAACACUAAUCAACAGCCUCAUUUAUCCCGUGAAGGAAAUUUACCCUGCCCCCAACCCCCACCUCUCUUUUUUCUAAACUUUUCAAUGGCGUCACGUGUUGAUGUUGUUACCGUGCAAUUGUAAAAAAAAAAAAAAAACUAAAAAAACAAAAAAGGCAUAAACAGAGUCAGAUGAAAUAAGAAUAAGGAGAAAGAAAGAAAGAUCCAGAUGUGACGUGACAGAUCAAGAUGUUGGAUUAUCACCUAGAAGAAAUGGAGUCUGGAGAACCAGCGAGCGAGCAGUCUGCCUCGUAACAGCUGUUUCUCUUGUAGUGGAGAAGCAUUGUGCACUACGCAUUGUGAGGUACACUAUUUGUCAUUACAUUACAGGGAAAUGUGAACAACUUGAGCAAAGCAGGAAAUGACAUAACGCCAAUAAACAAGACACAAGACGGACCAAUCAGAAUGAAGGAUCUCACUAACAACGAUUACUAAGAUGGUGCCGACGGCGGUGCCGAUGAUGACAAAUCAAACUAUGACCAUACCCAGUGUUUCUAAUUGUACAUGAUAAUAUAAGAGACAUUUAUUGAUGUGUGUGCAAAAACACUGAUAUUUCAUUUAUUUACGUUAAGUCCCUCCCUUUGUGAGGAAAACCCCGGAGGAAGACGAGAAAGAUUCACACGCCCCUUUUUCUCAGUUCAAAAAGACAUUUGAAUGAACUCCAUCGCAACAGCUGUAAGAUGGUGAACAUAAAACCAGAGAUGACUCACAGACAGAAAGAGGAGUCGAACGCUCUGAGGGAAACGUACGGCAGCUCCGAAAUAUCACAUGACUGUUCUGCAGCAGUUGUAACGUUGGGACAUUUCUUUGUACAAAAAAAAAACACCAGUCUCUGUUAUCCAAAGAUAGAAGAAUAUUGUCACAAAUCACUUCACGGGUAGAGAACCAUUCAUUUUCAGUGUGCAGUUUUACCUUGCGGGCAUUAUACACGUCCCACAAGCUGCCAGCUGUACUUCAAAAAACAGGCAAAUUUAAAUUCACAGUACGGCUAGAUGUGCUCGACCAUAGGUAUUUUUAAUGGGUGUGAGUCUGUAUCAGAUGUGUUUGUUUUUGUGUAAGAUUUGCUGAUUCAGGCAUAGUGUGUGUGUGAAGGUAAAAGUAAGAUAUCAAACUAGCUUGAAAUGAGAAUAUCAUGCCACAUAUCAUGAUUGUCUAUCUGAGAAAGUGUCAAAGCCCAGAUUUGCAUUAUGUUUGUGUUAAUACCCCUGCCCUGCCCAGGGGUUAGACUGACGCCGGACAGCAGGGACGGCAUAUGGCUUGUCAGUGCAGAUUAUUAUUAAAUGUAUUGUUAACAACAGCAAAGGAAGAAAAACUCUGCAGAGAGCGAGCGGUUUUUCCUCUCAACUGCCCACGAUGCUGAGUGGAAACGUCAAGGAAAAUCGAGAAAAAGAGAAAAGAGAAAACAAUAAUUGAGCUUAUUGUUGUAUCGCUGUUCACUAAGAGAAUAAGGAGACUGAAAACAACAAUUUACCGUCCUACCCACUGUUUUCAGCCCAAUGUAAACGCAGGCUUUACUAAGCCAGAUCAGUCGACUGAUGCAGCUCUGCCCAAGUCAACACUUAUACAGAUAGAGGAAAAGUGGGCGAUGUGGAGCGUAGGACCAUUGAUCCAUUGGGGUAAAAAUGCCUGUAUGCAUUAACCCCCCUUCCCUCAAAUGUGACAUUUUAAAUGCCACACCAGUUCCCCUCACUUUCUGACAGCUGUAAAAGAAAGGAGAAAGUGAAAUAAUCCAAACUUUCUUUGUAGAAAAUCAGUGAAAGCUUCUGUUAUUUCUUUGAACAGCUGUUUUCCAGCAAGGCUCAGCCCAGCUUCACUGAUGGAAGGAGUUUGGCCACCUGCCAUGAUGCUCUUGCCCUGUUUCAAAGGAAUAUUUCUUGGCUGCAAAUAUUUAACAAUGCUGUCUAGAAAUUAGACACGAUGGCAUGCCCUGAGUUUCCACCUCAGAGAAGAGCGGGGCUGGAGCUCAUGAGGGUACUACAUCACGCCCGUCGCCUGCAGGGCCGUAGCCAGGAUUUGAAAAAUACUGAGGUCAUGUCCAAGCCACACCGACACAAAUCCACCCUCUUCAGAAACCUUUGGCCAGGCGCCAAAAAGAAAGUUUGAGGAGUUGUUAAUUUUGGGGACUUAUAAAGAGGAAGUAUAAUGUUGCUACGGUUUCAGUGAACCCGACCAUAGCCAUGUUUUUUUUUUUUUUUUUUGCCUAUAUUUGUUUACAUUUUGGUAAAUUACCACCAUCAAAACUAUGCCAAAUUAGCUAUCAAUGGUCCCUGUAUGCAUUUCCCCCAUGGAGGCACAGACAACUCUCACUGCAUUACUUUCAUACUGAAGAAAAUGUAAAAAUGUGAUCAUUUUCAGGCAAGAUCUGGAGUUACAAUAAGCAUCCUUUCUCAGAUUUAUAAGAGGAUUUAUGGACAUGUAUUCACAAUGGACAUGGACAUAAUUACAUCUUCAGAGAGUGAGAGUUGCAUUGGAUGCAAAAGUGUGUAUAUCAUGUCUGUGUGAUCAGAUGUGAUUGAGUUAUGAGAGAAGAAAGAAGAAUAUUUGACACAAAUUGCAAUCCUAAAAAAAUGCACAGGACAUGGCCUCAGUUUCCUCAGUGGUUGCUACGGCAUUGGAUGCUGACACGCUAGAAUCCACAUCAUCCAGCUGAAUCAGUCUGACUCACCACCCAGAUCCUGUCAUUGUCUCUGCUUCUUUAGUCAUUUCUGUAGUAUGCAGCAUCUUUAAAUGCAGGAGCGAAGCCGACGUGACAGAGGUCAUCAGCCACUUGGCAGUUUUGACAUGACUCGUACGUUGGCAUGGCUCCUGGCCCACUGAGACACCAGGACGCAUGCCGGGCCAAACUCUUUUUCUCAAUGACUUAAGCCUCUGUAACGGUUGGCAGUUUAAGAAUGAGUGGGCAGGAUAAUAGUGCUGCUGACGCCACAGGAACACAACAAUACUGGGACUGAUUUAGAAAUGUAGUCUUUUUAAAGGUUGAUAAGCCUUGCUGGAGGACAGCUGAGUGUGUGUGUGUGUGUGUGUGUGUAUUUGUGUGUACGUGUGUGUGUGUGUGUGUCCCUCUCUCUCUUUGUGCGUGUGCAUGCUUUCUAAGUGAGUGAAGAAAUGCAACCAUAUUUUUAGUCUCUUGCCUGUUGCUUAGUGACCAUCUAUCUGCAAGCCGUUGUCUUCUUGACUGUUGCUGGUGUGUGUGAGACAUUGUGUGUGUGUGUGUGUGUGUGUCAUUCUAUCUCUUGAUGUUUCUCACUUUGUUUCUCUGCUUGCCCUUUCCUUUCUAGUGAAUGUGACAGUAUCUUUUCUCAUUCAUUUUCUUCUCUCUCUGCGGGUGAAUUUCAACAUGUUAAUGAUCAUAUCUUCAUCUUUUCAGCAUGUCUUUCUUUUACUUUAUGCUCCUUGUGCCUCCCCAUGUUGUGUUGCAUGUGUAUCCAUUGUGUGCACAUUUACAUGCGUAUUUGUGCCUUUGUGUCUGUGUGUAUGUGCGUGUGUGUGUGUGCGUGCAUGUGUCUGUUGGUGUUGUAAUCUCCUUAUAAGGGCUCGCCCUGUGUGUCCCUGGCUGAGUCCCAUAUGCUAGAUUAAUGAAUUAAAAUGCCAAAAUGCCUGGAAAUUGGAUUCCCUCCCGUGUGUGUAUGUUUGUGUGUGUGUGUGUGUGUGUGCAUGUGCGUGCGCAUCCACCCCUGUCAAAUAAGAUUAGAUAUAUAAUAGAUCUGGCUGUCGGUUGAGACCGGGAAUAGAUGUUGGCACUUUCUUAGAGGAAGUGUGUGUGUGUGUGUGUGUGUGUGUGUGUGUGUGUGUGUGUGUGUGUGUGUGUGUGUGUGUGUGUGUGUGUGUGUGUGUGCGCGUGUGCGCGCGUGCGUGCGUGCGCGCGCGCGCGUGUGUGUGUGUACAGUAUGUGAGACACUGUCAUUACUGUCUUAUUGUCGUACACUACAUUAAGGUUUCUUCUUCUAACUCCUCCUCUGAUUGGCUGAUGGCUAGAUGCAGACACACUCACAUACACACAUAAGUGUUAAUUUAUGCACAUGUACUGUACAUGCAGAAGACUGAUAUAAAAGUCAGUUAAGUAAACACACAAGCACAUACAUUAGGCAUUUUUUUGAAUAUCUACAGUCUGUAACUGAAAGACGUGUGAGAAAAUGUGUUUUCCAGCAAGAAAAUGACCGCAGUUACUACACUCUGUAAGUACAUUGUUGCUCAGUCGCUUUGCUGUCAUACGUGUGUGUGUGUGUCCGGGUGGAGAUGGAAAGAUUAUUUGUAAAACUAUUUGUUUUCAGGUAAACCUGGAGGCUGGCAGCAAUGUUAAUGCAAGUAGCUGUUGUCAUAUUGACAUUAUCCUUCUCACAACUUCCGUGUUUCUAUGGUGUCGAUUUUCUGACAACAUACAGGAGUGAACUUGAACAUGAAUUCAAAGCUGUUUUGUCAUGUCUUGAUCACAGGUGUCACAGGUGUUCAGUGUUAUUCAUUAUGAAAUGAAUAAAUACAUAUAAAACAUAUAACCAUGACAUUGUGAAAUAAUCCAGUAAUUGUGUAGGAAUCAAAUCUUUUUUUGAAAUGUUUCUACAUCCUGCAUCUCUUCACUACAGAGAUGAGAAGCCACUGGUUCUGGGUGUAAUUUUACCCAUUCAGAAUCUUGCUGUUUAAAAAUUUUCUUUAAUGUUUUUUUCAGUGUUACUCAAGAAACACAGAACUGCUCUAGCUAAUGUAAAAACCCUAUUCAUUUACCUUAUGGUUUUAAUAUUCCAAUGUGAUUCUAGGAUUAUUUAACAAUUUCAUGGUAUUAGUAUUUAGUGUAUAUAUUCAUAUUAUUAUUUAUUUUAUAAUGUCUUAUUUAUUUCUAAUAUUUUUUCUAAUAUUCAACACUGGUUCUGCAUAGAUCCUCAUCACAUAUUGAAGCCGCUCAGCAGAACAUGAACACAUUAUAAGGCAGUUUCACCGGCUUCAUCACACGGGGACGUUGUACGCUUUGGUCAAUGUUUGGCUUGUUAUAUAAAGAAUUUGGUUUCCGAAAUACGUGUAAUACUGGACAAAUUCAUAAAGAACAAGUAUUUACAUUUGUGCGCUUUACCACAUCUCUUUGUGUGUGUGAGAGUGUGUUUGUUUUUUUUAAGCCCCCAGACCUGUUAACCAGCUCCUUUAUAUUGAUCAGUGUGUUUCUUAAUUCUCCUUCUCUCUCCAUACAGAGCCACUCUGUUGCUCUCUACCUGACAAAUAUUUAUAUAUUUUAUCACUUUAUUCUAAUAAUUUCAUUCACAUAUCAUACAGUCCUAUUUAUUAGGUCACAAAGUGCUUUUGAUAUAAAUAUCUAGUACUUUAACUUUUUUCCAUUUAUUUCAUUAUGGUUAUAUUAUUGUACUUUUUGUUGCAUUUGUUUUCAUUGUUUGUUUUGUUUCUGUGAUUUGUUCUGUAAAAAAAAAAAAGCCCUCAGAGAGUAGAACAGCAAAUUAGUAUAGUAACAAAUUACAAUGAGUGUGCUCUUAUCCUUUUUAGUGUGUGUGUGUGUGUGUGUGUGUGUGUGUGUGUGUGCGCGCGCGCAUCUCUUCAUAUCAUUCCGUCCAUGAGUGUGUCGAUGCAUGAAUUAAACUCAUUCUGAAUACAGUGUUGAUGUUGGAAAUGUUGUAGUAAAGAGUAAAGUAUUUUUAAAAGCUGAAAAUGACAUUGAAAUGAAAAAUGAUAUAGAUGUUUACAAAGACCAAACUUUUCUUUUCUCUCUUUUUUUCUCAAAGAUGAAAUAAACUUGACUGGCAAAUGCU